GUACUUCACUAUAGAGUUUUGCUUUCAUUAAAUAAACGUUUCUGAUCAUUGAGGGGUGGUUUUGUAAAUUUAAUUUUCAUAAACUACAGAAACUUGUUUUCAAAUAAACAAGUGAGUAAGUGAGGAUUUUUUUAACCUUCUUUAACGGUAUUAAUUAUUCAGAGCAUAACUCAAUGAACCCUGCAGAGGGCGCCAAGCAGCCCGUUGAACCUUGAACCACGUUGUUAUUGUACGACGAAGAACAGAAAUCCAAAGUUAUGACCGGAAGUUAGAUUUUUCAACAAACCUCACGUUGGUAACGAAGCCUGGUUCUUCACAGAUAACAGCAGUUUCUCUCUGGAGUCUUCAAACAUGAAAAAACAAGACACGGAAGAGUCUCCCAGCAGUCCUGGUAGUGAGGAUUCUCCACCUACAGGUGAAGUCUCCGAGGCUGCUCCACCUGCGGCUCACGCGACUACAGACGGCUCGGACAGCAACAGCCCCAACCGGGCCGAAUCACAGAGCCCACGCGCAAAAGCCCCUCCACAAACCAACGAGGGUGGGAAUGAAGUUGCCGAGUCUCAGUGCGACAUGGCAGAGGAGCUGAGUCGGCAGCUGGAGGACAUCCUCAGCACCUACUGCCGGGAGAGCCUUCAGGACGACGCUGGUGCCUUGCUCAACGGCCAGUCACACAGCCUGGUGCUCAACGGGUUGACUGGAGAGAAGGAAGAUGACAAAUCAGAGGAGGGCAAGGUCAACGGAGCAGAGAAGGAGCAGAAGAAGACUCAGGAGAAGAAGAAAGUGAAGGGUCUCGGCAAAGAGAUCACGCUCCUCAUGCAGACUCUGAACACUCUGAGCACACCGGAUGAAAAACUGGCAGGCCUCUGCAAAAAGUAUGCCGACCUGGUGGAAGAGCAUCGUACCACCCAGAAACAGAUGAGGGCGCUGCAGAAGAAGCAGAGCCAGCUGGUGCAGGAGAAGGACAACCUGAGGAAUGAGCACAGCAAGGCCAUCCUGGCCCGCAGCAAACUGGAGAGCCUCUGCAGGGAACUGCAGAGGCACAACCGCACGCUCAAGGAGGAAGGGAUCCAGAGGACCCGACUGGAGGAGGAGAAGAGGAAGGAGGUGACGUCCCACUUCCAGGCGACGCUGAACGACAUCCAGGCUCAGAUGGAGCAACACAACGAGAGGAACGCCAGCCUGCGGCAGGAGAACGCCGAGCUGGCCGAGAAACUCAAGAAGCUCUAUGAGCAGUACAAGCUGCGGGAAGAACACAUAGACAAAGUGGUGAAGCACAAAGACCUGCAGCAGCAGCUGGUGGACGCCAAGCUGCACCAGGCGCAGGAGAUGCUGAAGGAGUCGGAGGAACACCACGACCGGGAGAAAGACUUUCUGCUGAAGGAAGCCGUGGAGUCUCAGAGGAUAUGCGAGUUGAUGAAGCAGCAAGAGGUUCACCUCAAACAGCAGCUGUCGCUGUAUACGGAAAAAUUCGAGGAGUUCCAGACCACCUUGUCUAAGAGCAACGAAGUCUUCACCACCUUUAAGCAAGAGAUGGAAAAGAUGACUAAAAAGAUCAAAAAGCUGGAGAAGGAGACGGCCAUGUACCGCUCCAGAUGGGAGAGCAGCAACAAGGCUCUGCUGGAGAUGGCUGAGGAGAAAGCCGUGCGGGACCGGGACUUCGAGGCGCUUCAGGGUAAAGUCCAGCGGCUCGACAAGCUGCGGCGGGCGCUCAAAGUGGAACGAAACGAGCUGAAGAAGAAGGUCCAGAACCUGAAUGGGGACAGCGGCGCCGUAGGGGCCCCUGACCCCGGGGCCGACUCACCCUCCCCCCCACCCACAGAUUUUCUGCCGGAGCCCAGCAGCUGUCCCGUCGCAGACUCCACUUCCUGUCACUGCGGCCCGCGGCCGGACACAGACGCCCCGCAGGAAGAGGCGGGGCCCCCACCGCCUCUUCCUGUGCUGGAAUGAAGCACGGGGCCACCCGCCGCUUCCUCCUUCCCCCCUCCACGUUCAAACCACCAGCCUGCAAGCAGCUGCUCCUCUCCUGGAACGACAACAGUUAGCUUCUAACAGCGCGGUUAGCUUGUGUCAUUCCACUCUGAUGUGUCGACUCUCUAGACUCAGCAGUUCCUCUGAGAGGUUUGACAGUAGAAACUCGUGAUUCACUUCAAACUUUAGGGUGUGAACAUGUGCAGCUAGUGUUAAUAGGUCAACUAGAGCAGGGCUUAAGGAGCCGUUUGGGUCGACACAAGUCAAACUGGUUGUUGGAGAGAAGAGGUUGUUAGGCUGUGUGGAGUGUGUGUUCAGGGUUUUGUCUUGGUGAUGGUGCAAUGGAAAGGGUUUCGUUCUAAAAGACAGUUGCCACAUUGACUUGCUGUUUUUUUUUUUUUUUUUUUGUGCGCCACAACACAAAAACAUUCUGGAACAUUCUGAAGGUUCUAUAGAAUUAAUAAGGGAAAUUUGGGGGGUUCUUUGUCUUUCUGGCCACUUACAUUUUAUAUUUUUUGUUUUGACUUUUCUUCCUGGAAAGUUCUGAAUGCUGCAUUUACUUUUUGUUCCUUUACUUUUAUUUCGUUUUCUGCCAUAUUUUUCCUUUUCCUUUUUUUUUUCUCUUUUUUCUUUUUUUUACCCUGGCCCUUUUCUUUUUUACGACGGAGUAUUAGGGCCACGUUAAGAAAAUUUAAAAAUAAUAAUAAAUCAAAUUAUGAGAAUAUAAUUGUAAUAUGACUUUGUGAUAUGUUUUAAACUUUAUUCUCAUAUUAUUAUGACUUUAUUCUGUCAUUAGUAUGGCCCUAAUACUCCAUUGUAAUUUUCUGAUUGGAUUCCUUUUAUUUUUUUGUUUUAUUACAUAUUUUUUUAUUUAAUUUUCAUAUUUCUUAAUGGCUAAAUCCUGCUUUUGCUUUUUCUUCCUCUUGGGUUUUUUUCUUGCGCCCUGUUUUCCAAUUUUGUCACAUUCCUAUUUUUUAUUAUUUAAGAUUUUGCUAGUGCCAGAGAUCUGUGCUUGUUCUUUUUCCAUUUAAUUUUCACUUUUUUCCUGACUUCAUUUUACUUUUUAUUUUUGUUUUGAUUUCAUUUUACUUUUUUUUUUGUUUGCUCUUUUCUCAUUUCCUUUGUCCUGGCUGCUGCAUCUUUACUUUUGUUUCUGGCUCCGUGGAUUUGUAUUUAUUUUAUUUUUUUGUAUGACACUAUACAUAAUUUCUUUUUUUCUCUCUCUCUCUCUCUCUCUCUCUCUCUCUAGCCCCAUUAAAUUUAAAAAUCUGAUUUUCCACUCCUUAAUUUUUUUGAAGUGAUCCCCAAUGAUCCCCUCCCCCUCUUCUCUCCUGAUUUAAGUCAGUUUUAUUUAGGUUCGUUUUGAAUAUGUGAAAAUCCCUUUAGACUCCAUUUAACUAAAUUUGCCAGUCCUGCGUCUUGGAUGCAUGUUCUGUUUGUCUGUUCCACACUCUGAUGAUGACAGUAGCUUGUAAUCAGGUUUCAAUCCAGAUGUUGAAUGUUCAAGUACCUCUAUGCAACGCUUGCAUCUUGGUUUUAUUCUAAGGCAGUCUCAACUGAUGAGGACUUAGCUUGAAUGUAUAUUCAUUUAUGUAUGUAUAUUCUUUAAAACUCGACUAAAUGCUUCAUAGCAGAAGGCCUUCUUGUGGGGUAGAGCUAGAUUUACUCCCUUAACAUAGAGCUGCUCUCGUCGCCUGGGUUUGAGUUAUUCGUCGCAUCUUUCUGAUGCUUUUGAAAGGUGCACUGACUGAGGCAAAUGGGGGAAAAUGGAGUAAUGUUUUUUUUUUUCAUUUUUACUUCUGAAAUGGUUCACUCACUAACAUUUCUCAAUUUCUCAUCUGUAUGACUAAUGAUUAGGAAUAUGUAGCUACGGUAAAGUGGUGACAACUAAACCAGAAAUGUUUAAGCUUCCUUUCUACCGUCAUCCCACAAGGACGUGUUCAUUGUUAUCCACUUCAUUUGGGCAUAAGAAGGAACCAAAGAUGUUUCCUUUUGUCUUUUUUGCAGUACUUUUAUCUGACCCUGUAUAUUUUUCUUGUUCAAUAAAAGAGCAGUGUAUGUUUGAGUUAA